GACGUCGACGAAACUUUUGGGGCGGAACGUGGCGUGUGCGUACGAAUACAUUCCCUUGGCGAAGUGCCGUUCGAUCCGGCGGCGUCUCCCUCGCUGGCCUCGAGGAAGACCCAGCUUUCGUCUCGCCGCCUCCGCUCUCUCGAGUCCCUCUUGCUUCCUCCCCAGCGAGAGCUCGCCCGGAGAAAUGGUGGAUUCAUAUACGAUAAAGAUAAGCUCGGACUUGAUCAAUCAACUAGCUGGUGGUAAUGACAAAGCGAAGAAGAAAACCAAGAAACCCAAGCCGAAGAUUUCAAAGGAACCGCAUCAGCCUCAGAACAAUGUCAAGCCAGUUCCCAGCACACAGAAAAGCAGCCCGAGCGGGGGAUGGCCCCUCCAGCCUCCCCUGUUCAUGCCGGUGCCCCCUCCAGACCCAGUUACAAUCUCAGAGUUGGAAGCUAUCCGUUCUGUCCUUCGGGAGAGCCAAAGAACAGUGGAGAAACUGGAAAAGCAUCAAGACAAGAUGAAUCAGGAGCUCACUCAGAGAGCAAAGGAGCUCCGGGACAAGGAGUUCAAGUUGCCCCACCAAAAUUCCUCCAUUUCCUGUACUGCUGAGAGAGAUGCUUGCCUGAACUGUUACAAGGAACAUGCCUCGAAUCCUCUGAAAUGUGCACAAGUGGUGAAAAGCUUUGCGGACUGUGCCCGUCGGGCAAGGCUGCAGGUCAGUUCGAAAUAGGGUUCUAAGCUUCACCGGGAAUGCGAGCCAUGGGAAACAAGGUUCCUUGUAAUGGGUUGAGAUUCAAUAACUAGCGCCAAUCGGAAGACAGCUUGGAAACCAAAACUCCAUUUCCUUUCCUGCAUUCAACAAUCAGCUUGGAUUAUACAGAAGUUUUCCUUUUCUGUGACCAUUGAAUCAAUUGUUUGUUGUGUACUUUAAUUUAUUGAUUAUAGAAAAUAUAUUAACAGUCAAUUAUCAUUUGA